AUGUCCGCAUCGCUCCACGGGGCAUUCUUCCUCUCUCUCGCGCUUUUCUCCUCCUUCUCGAACUCCUUCGUUUCGGCGGCGUGCACGCACGAGUACGGGCAGGCGACGUACGGGGACAUAUAUCAAAAGUUCCAAGGGUUGGAAGCAUCGGGAGGGUCGACGUAUGCCAAAGGGGCCAGAGCGAAUGGAUUGCACAUAUACAUCGACCCGACGGUUACAGAAAUCGAAGAAACGGCGAAGGUAUCCGUUCACGAAUACGUGCAUUUGUUGCAACAAGGGUAUUUGAAUGAAGAAUUGGUUUUGGAUACUGCGCCAACAGGCGGGGUUCCUCUUUCGGAUUCUUCUUCUUCCGUUGGCAACGGCUUGAGAUUUCAGGCGAUCAACUAUUGCGACGUCGCCGAAGCGACGGUGACGAAGCAUUUGGAAGCGUUGAACGCCAUGCCGGACGACGUGAAAUUGUUCGACCACCCGACGUUUGUUAUUUUCUACUCGCAAACGCCUGGAGAAGGGACGGGGAAUUGCGACGCAGCGCAGACGGAGACGUUCGCUCGAGACGCGUUUAACGCCAUUUACGGCGAGGACUGCCCCGGCAUGGAAAGUACGCCAAUGAUUUGGGAAGCGAAUGAAAACCACGUCGUGGCGGAAGGCGAAGCUGAAUUUUUGGCGACCAACGUGUACACUUCUUCGUAUACGUCUUUCAACGGAAAGGCGUAUUGGGAGCAAAAGAUCGCGGACGGAAAGACGGACUGCAAGCUUCCGGGUAACAAUCCGAAUUUUUACGUGCACUCUGGAAGUUCCCAAGACGUUGAUGACAUGAAAGAUAAGAUGCAAAAUGCGGGCGUUUCCCCGGCAUGUUCGAACAAUGCUAUUGGCGAGUUGAUGUACGCGUCUUUCGUUAAUUACUGCCUCGAAAAAGAAGGCACGAACGCGCUGGACGACUAUUGCACACCCGAAGCACUCCGACGGGUGUGGAAAGCUGCGCCCACGCAAGGCUUCGAUUGCGCAUUCUUUAACCAAUAUGGUUGGACGUGGGGAGAAGUAGUCGCGAAAAUGUACGCCGAGUAUCAAGUGGAUACCUCUGCAGUCGCGACGACCGUUCCUUCGUUGUGUUUGUACGAUCAAACGUGCUCGGGCGAGCCAAAACCGUGCAGACGUCUCCCCUCGUACACGCAUGACGAAGCCUUGGCGAAGUGCCCAUUUGAAGUUAUUGCCUCGUGCGGCGAUAUUUCGUUGAGCUCUGCGUCAUCGUCGUCGUCGUCGAGAUCUUCCCCAACAAACGCCGCGAUGAUUUCCGCAGCUGUGGCCGCGAGCGUCUCCUUCUUUUUCGCCUUCUUCCUCAAUUGA